UGUACUCUCCGUCCAUCCAUAAGUGUAUCGAAAUGAAGUUUACGAUACUGGUGGCAUCGGUGGCUGUCGUCAUCUCGGCAACACUGGCGCUGGAGUUCGAAAGCAGAAAGCUGCACCCGAACACCGACGGGCACGAUGACGGAGGACUGUCCAUGCUGGAGCAAACACCGGCCGAGGAUCGUCAAUGGCAGGCGGUGAAGAAGCACGAGAAGCGCCAAACGGGGAAGAAAAUACACAUCUUUCUCAGUAAGCCAAAGGGCAAGAAAUCGAAGAAGCAUGCCGGCGGCGCUGACGGUGAGCCGGAAACGCAGACACGCAAAACGCCGGAGCUUACGACGCGCUCGGACAAGGGCGUCAUCGAUACGACCUCGGAUGCACCGGAUGCGGCGGUCGGUGAAAGCCAACAUUACGACUUCGGCGAGCAUAAUAUCGUGAAGGAGAAGAUCAAGAUCAAGCACCAUCAUCACCAUCACCAUCACAAUCACGUCAAGACGGUGGUCAAGAAGGAACCGUACCCGGUGGAAAAGGUGGUCCAGGUACCGGUGGAGAAGAUUGUCCACGUGCCAAAGCCAUACCCGGUGGAAAAGAUCGUCGAGAAGGUGGUCCACGUGCCGGUGGAGAAGAUUGUGCACGUCCCGAAACCCUACCCGGUGGAGAAGAUCGUGGAGAAGGUCGUGCAUGUGCCGAAGCCCUAUCCGGUGGAAAAGAUCGUCGAAAAACCGGUGCACGUACCGAAACCGUAUCCGGUGGAGGUGAAAGUACCGUACCCGGUGGAGAAGAUCGUGCACGUAGACAAACCCUACCCGGUGGAGAAGAUCGUCGAGAAGGUGGUGCACGUACCAAAGCCUUACCCCGUAUACAAACAGGUGCAGGUUCCCGUUCCGGUCGAGGUGAAGGUUCCGUACGAAGUCCCAAAGCCCGUACCAUACCCAGUGGAGAAGAAGGUCCCAUAUCCCGUCGAAGUGAAAGUCCCCGUUGAGGUCGAAAAGAAGGUCCCCGUUCCGGUGAAGGUCGAGGUGGAGAAGAAGGUCCCAUAUCCGGUGAAGGUGUACGUACCGCAACCCUACCCAGUGGAGAAGAAGGUCCCAUACCCUGUGCCGGUGAAAUCUGCCUCCUUCCCUUUCCCCUUCGACAAGGACAUUUCGAGCUAUUCGCACACGAAGCUACAUCCGUUUGAGUCGCAACAACACGAAGAGUACGCUGGUUCGGAGGAUAGCUAUCGCCGUACGACCAAGACCGGCUAUAAGAAGGGCAAGGGCAAGAAGUCGAAAAAGACGGAACAGCAAUCGCAACAUCCCUCGAGUGCCCCGGUAACGGAGGAUAACAGUGAGGGACAGACGGGUAUGGGUGCGUCCUACUCCUCGCUGAGCACCGGCACGGAUCAUGGUGCACACUAUACGCAGACCACCAUCUAUCACGGUGGUUCCGGCCAUCAGUCCCAAGCACAGCAACAGCAGGAACAACAACAGCAGCAACAGCAGCAAGCUCACCAAGCCCUACUUCAGCAGCACCAGGAUCAGCUCCAGCAGUAUCAUCAGCAACAGCAGCAACAGCAACAACUACAGCAGCAGCAGCAGCAGCAGCAGCAACAACAGUACGGUAGCCAAGAUGCCACUAGUUUCUUUAACCAGCAGCUCAUCCAUUAUGGCCAACAGUCCAAGUACGGUCCAUCUACCUUCCCGAGCCAAUCUUCCCAAGGUGCCGAUUAUGGAACGGGUCCUCAAUCGACCGGUCAGGACGGUAGCCAGUACAGUCAUCUACUGACCAGUGGUUCCGAUCACUACGGUUCCGGCUCGAACCACCAGGAAGUGAUGGUAACGCCACCGUCAGCUGGUGCUGCAUCUGGCCUCCAUCAUACCACCGGUUACGGUCAGCAGCAGGCCACCUACGCCCUGACCGCUCCAUCCAAUCCGGGCGGUAGCUUCCAGCUCGAAUCCCAACCACAACCAUUCCAGCUGCUCCAGUUGGCACCGUUCCAGUACCAGACGCCUACCGGCUUUUCACUGCCAACUGCCAGAUAGAGUGCCUGUUCUCCACUGACUGACAAAAAAUCCCCCCCAAACCCCGUGAGACUGACACCAAAAAAGAAAAACACAUUAGCACCACAUUCUGCAAUGCCGUUGCACUCACGCCCGCCUCAGGCUGGAUCGGAAUAUGCUUCGAAUGUACAGAUUUGAAGAGUUCCUUCAUUUAGACAGCCGGUCCACGUGCGUGGUGCUUUGCGGUUUGCAAAUGUUUGUUUGUUGUUUUAUGUUGUUUUUUUGUGUACUUUCGUGUUUUAAAAAUAACCAGUGUUUGUUUUUUUAUUAAUAUGUAUAACAUGCCAAUUUAAAUGCCGUCCACGCUAGGGACAAACCUGAAAAAGGGGACUUCCGAACGGAUCGAACGGAUGGGCUGUUUUUGUGAAACAGUCUGCAGCCGAGAGCCGUUUGUGUAUGCCUUCCCUUGUUCCUGCUCCUGUCCUGUCUUUGCACAUAAAUACACACGCGCAUAGCAAUUCGGUAUUCGGAUUGCUCAAAAGCUAAUGAAACCAAACUUUAAGUAAGGCAUCACUUAACGGCAGUAGCCUGCCUACGGUAGGAUGCGUUUGCUAGAGGCUAAGAAGGAUGGCUAGGUAGUCUAGGAUGCAAAUGUUAACGAAUGUAUUUUAAUUCACCAGCCACCCAGGUCGUACAUAGUUGAGUGGCGCUACGCAGUACACUUAAGUGUGAGACUGUGCUCGUGAGUUGGUAGGAUUUGUGAUUUUUUAACAUUGGACUUUUACCGUAUUAUUGUACAUAUUAUUCUUCCUUCUGUUGAAGACACUGUACGCUGAGCAGUAGAAUUGAUGCUAUUGUUGCAUAAUAAAAUGAGGAAAAAUCAUACAUUUGUUUGUGUGUGUUUCGAAUGGAGUGUCUCUAAUUAGUUCCGUUGGUAAGUAUUCCGGAAGAGAAAUCGCGAUUUUAGUGUUUCAAAUUUAAAACUUUGUGCUGCUUCUAUAAACGACCACGAGAAGCGCUGUGGUGAGGAGAGAAGCGCCACCUGUAAACUAAUAGCCGAACUAAUGUGCAAUUCAAAAUUUUAACCGUUUUUCUCCCUUCGUUUCCAUUUUCGCAACAUAUUGCAUUGAUAUAAUAUAAUUUAAUAAAUAAUCUUUAAAAACGGUGUUUAUCAGAAGAAAUUCUGCAUUUUCUAAACUUAUCACCAAUAUUAUUUACAACUAAGGUGAACAGAAACUUAUUCGAUUUAGCAUGAUGGAGGAAAUGUUAUGUUUAUUAUUAAAAUUCACAAAUAUAUCAUACAAAAAUAUUGUUUCAUAUUCUCUUCCUUAAACAAAUGAUCAUUUAUUCACAUUUCACGCAAUGUUUCAAUCGUUGCCGGCAAAGAAGAAGUGUAGUAUCGAAGCCGAUAAAUCGUGCAUUAUUCUACUCUUCAUGUAUGGAGAGAUGUAAAACGGAACGAUUAGUUUUUUUUU